UGGUGCGUUGUGGCACAUUUACGCGGCUAGAGAUGCCGACAAAAUUCGCGACCUGUUAAACGCUGUCGCGCUGGAACGUGGAGCUCGUUUGGAACCGCAUCACGACCCGAUUCACGAUCAGAGCUGCUAUCUCGAUGGACCUCUGCGGGAACGAUUGUAUCGCGAAUACGGCGUCGAAGGAUACGCCAUCGUACAGUGUCUGGGAGACGCUGUAUUCGUGCCAGCCGGUGCUCCGCAUCAGGUUCGAAAUCUUCACAACUGUAUCAAAGUAGCCGAGGAUUUUGUAUCUCCGGAGAACGUAUCCCACUGCUUCCAUCUGACCCAAGAAUUCCGAGCGUUAUCGGACACGCACACCAAUCACGAGGACAAAUUACAAAUCAAGAACAUAAUUUAUCACGCUGUAAAGGAUUCCUUGACGGUUCUGUCAAACAUCAAGGACGAGACUCUUGCCAAACUGAAGACCAAUAACGAGAUAAAGAAGGAAGAGACGUAGCCCUAGGCCCCCUGUCGCGGUCGCAAGAACCGUUGAUGAUCAUUGUUCGAUUAAAAAUCUCGCCGUCUACAGGCGAGUGAAAAACCUGUUGCCGCCCUUCGUUCGCUCUCCCGAAUGAUGAACCGGCUAAUCGGACCGGGACGAAUGGAGGAUUUUAAUCUAGGAUGCUCGGAAACCUGUACCGAGGUGCAAGAAUUUGUUGUGAUAUUUGACGAGUAACUCAAAAGUUUGAUUUUUCGGUAUUGGCUGAGCCAAUGGAGAUUAUUCGUUGUUUCAUUUGAAUAUUUCCUUUUUUUGUUCGAUAUAUACAUAUUGUUUCCUUUAUCGAGCAACGUGCUGCUGGCGGACAUGAAGUCCGCGAGUCUUUUUUUUCUACUUUUUUUUUUCUCUUCGAUCGAGAAAUACGAUGGAGUCGUCGGUGCCAUCGCGAACGCACCACGUCCAUUACCAUUGUGAUACCAGAAGGGAGGACUUUGGAUCAUACGUUAUCUGUAAUUACUUAUAUCGUGCCUGUAUUCAGUACAUACUGUCUAUAUUAUAUAAAUGUAGAUAAUGGAUUACCGUGUAACGAAUUCUUACUAGCAACUACGAGAGGAUUGUCUAGAGGUACCUUUGUGCAAUUAGAUGUCGAUUUAAAUUGUUAGCUGGAUCAGUGAUAAUUGUCGAUCCGCGUUACGUGCUCUCGUGAUCUGGUGCUUUUGAUCUAUAGAGCAAAGAGAAAGAGACGAGCAAACAAACAAAUCCGACUUUGCCAAAUGGCCGAUAUAUAUUUCUUUUAUCAGAUUCUUGUGUUCAGCGCGACAAAGGACACGAGAGGAUAACACUGCCUGUUUGUUCGCGGCGUCGGUCCGGUGAAACGGAUCGAACGACUUGAUUUUUACGCGUCUAGUUCGUUGUAAUAUAUAAUUGCAAUUCAGCUUUCUCGAGAGUAUAUUUCCGUUCGUCUUUUUCCUUCGAAACAUGUAUCGGCUAUUAGCGAGCAAAGUCUGUUCGAAGGUUCGUAUGAUCGUGUCGUUUUAAAAUGAAGGCAUCGGAACAGAAAGAGAAUACGAAUAAAGCAAUGAGAAAGGCUAAAUGAAAUCUUUCGACGUUAUUACAUCUGCAUAUUGUACGGGAUGCAAGAUCGAUUUGAGAAUAGACUUUAUCGAAUUUAAUGUUUUUUAUGAUAGAUUGAAUUGACGUUGUGGCCCAGUGAUGAUGACCCAGUAAUAAGGGCGAAAAGAAAACGAGAAAACAAAAAAAAAAAAAUGAAACAAAGUAAAAUGAAAAUCCUGUUAUUUUUGUCAAAUCACGCAAAACCGUCUAUCCGAUAGAGCAGCGAUAUUCUAAUUGUAUUGUAAUUAAUAAUUAAUAACUAUGGUAACAUUAUUUAACGCGAAGUAAAGCUGUAAUUGACUUUCGAAGUGCCAAUGUUGUUUCAAACGACGUGGAACACCCUCGCGUGUUGUUCGCGCGUUGCGUUCCGUACGGCGUAAGAGUAAGUAGACGCGAGGAAAAAUGAUUAAUGAAAAGAGGAAACGGAGAGCAGAUCGGUCGUGCAGAAUUCACGGAUCAGAUGAGAGGGUAAUGGAGAGAGAGGUCGAGUUCCUAUCAUUCAACUUUUCUCGCAAUCAAACAGAACCGUUGCUAAUCGCGAUGCGUUGCGCGACGCCCGCGUCCGGAUCUCCUCGAAACUCGCGGCCGGCCUCGAUCGCCUUUGUAUUUUCACGAUUUACGUUUGUUACUCUCGCUAGUUGGCCAACCGGUGCCAGUUGCCUCAGAGUUCGCGAUUUCGAUCAAAGUUUCCGAUGAAAAGAAGAAGAGAGGAAGGCAACGACUUUCGAGGACAAUGGACACGCGUACACACCCACAGACACAUAGAAACACGCGCGCGUACACAUACGUAGUUUAGCGUCUCGCUCCGUUCGCGCACUUAUCGAUCGUCGGACGGUGUUCUCUACGGCUGGUAUCUCGAGACCGAUCCGUGUACGGGUGAAAAGAAAAAAAAAUGAAGAAAACAAAUCUUUCAUUGGAAUCCUGGAAACCGCAAUUUCUUUGAUCUCAACGUUCGUCUAGCAUACAACGACUUGAUUAAAAUAAAUAUUUAACGAGUAAAUUUUUUAAAUAUCUUAUUAGAUAAGAAGUAAGGUUUAACGCUACGGAAAUUAUUAAGGCAGUAAACAAAAUGGCAAAAAAAGAGGAAGUACCCUUAUUAUUCACACGAACGACACGCGUUGAAUAAUCGAUGAUUAACGGAACGAUGUAUAUAAAAUUAUAUAGAAGAAAAAAAUACAGAAAAACCGCGCAUACUCUGUGUGUAUUAUUGCUGCAGACGAAGCUAUUAUUAUUUGUUCUCCCGCUAAACGUGUAUGUAAAUAACAUUAUUAUACAUAUAUAAAUACGAUGAAGCUUAGGUUUAUAAGGGACAACACACGCUCCACGAACAUGGACAAAAAAAAUACACUUUACACUUGCGUAGGUAGAUAGUUUAUUAUACCAUUAUUAAUUAUUAUUAAUUAUUAUUAAUAAUUAUUAUUACUACGAUUUAAUUAUUACGAGAAAUACCGAUAUUUAAAUGUUGCUGAAUACGCGGCGAGAAAAAGCACGAUUAAACGAGCGUGUCUAACUGUAUAAAUGAAAGCGUUUCGAAAGAUUGCUUGUCGCGUGUUACGUGUUGCGUGUGUAUUUGCGUGAGCGCACGGUGUGUGUAUGUUGUUUUUUUCUGAGCGAAAAUGCCGAAAAUCCGCAAGGAUGAGCGUGAGAACAAGGGGCCGUGUAUUGGGGGCGGAGUGGAAUGGAUGAGACAAUUGUACAGCCCUUAAACUCCUAUGAACGAAAAAUAUCCACCCCCAUAAAGUCCCGCACUACCCCACCACCAGCCGCCCCCAGUCAUAGCAAUUAUGAACCGCGGGCCGGCAGGUCUGAGUAUAAUUUUUUGUACUGUGUAAAUGUAAGAACAUACGUUUGAAUAAGAAAAAUGUUUAUAUUACAAAAAAGAUAUUGUGCUUCAUUCGUGACCUAUCCCAUAAAGCUUCUUAUCGGUACGUUUCCCGCUGUGCGUGCGCUAUUUUCAAUUAUUAUACUUGUUGCUUCCAGACGAAACGUUAACUUGUUGCUCGUUGGCAAAGAUUCAACGACUUUUCUCGUGUGAUACUUUCGCUAAGACGAGAGAUCGUAACAUCUCCAACCUACAUACGCUACACUCGUUCCAAUUAAUGAACACGAUUAUCCUUAGAAGGCAGUAAUUUAGUCAAAACGAACCUCGUCGAUAUCUCUCCUAAGUGUUCCAUUAGUUCGCUUCGAUUAACCAUGCCCUCGAAAGUAACUCAACGUGAAUUUUAAAAUUGUAGCAAUUCCGAUCCCGAUAUUCGAACGCAUUGAAACACGUACCGAUACGUGCCUAGAUUAAUGCACUCUGCUUUUGAUUUCAAAACCUACCCCGUUUCCGGCAUUUAAUUCGCGCGAAAUCCCAUAAGACCCGAGGAUUCGCGCAGCCUUUAGACGGUUAUACUCGGUCAAUGAUAGCAUAUCCGGCGUGAAAAGGACAGACGAGCGAUAAACUAUGGUACAAAUCUGUAGCUAACGUGUAUAAUGUAUAGCGUACAAUGUAUAGUAUGGUCAAAGUGUCGCUUACACAGUCACGCUCCCAAGAUGGCGCUCAACCUGCGGAGAGAAAGACGAUCGAGCGUCCGCACGAGUCAGAACGGGUCUGCUAUAGCCGUGUUGAGCGUCGGACAAUGAACGAGUGCCGGAUCGAUCUACUUGUUUUCGACGUGAUUCGGAUAAGUCAAUCGUAGGGAUCGUGUGGUGUGCUAGGUGGUCGAACAAAAUGUGUGAUCAUAGACAGAGGAUGGUUAGGCUAGAAUCGGAAAUAAGUACGUAUCAGUGCUGAUUCUUCGGUUAUGUCAGUGUGUUAAGUCAAAAUGGCAGCCACGUUAACUGUCGAGCAAGAGCAGGCCACAAAAGAAUUUAUAGAAGCUGUUAACAAGUGUAGGGCUGGCAGAAGAGCUGGUCCAGUAUCGUGGAGUACAGCAGUGAAAUUUCUGACAGCAAGGAAAUUUGAAGUAGCAAGAGCAUUAGCUCUGUAUGAACAGCACGAAGCAACCAGAAGAAGAGAAGGUCUGGCACUUUUAUAUCCGACUCAGGAACCUUUGCUCAGUGAAUUACGCACAGGAAAGUUCACAGUUUUACCUUCAAGGGAUGCUACAGGGGCAGCCAUAGCUAUUUUUACAGCGCAUUUGCAUCUUCCACAGAAUACAACACAUCAAACAACUCUACAGGGUGUUGUGUAUCAAUUGGAUGCAGCUCUAGAAAGUGUAGACACUCAAAAACAUGGUCUAGUUUUCAUUUAUGACAUGUCGGACAGCAAAUAUCAAAAUUUCGACUAUGAUCUUUCUCAAAAAAUUCUCACUCUCCUGAAGGGUGGUUACCCGGCAAAAUUGAAGAAAGUUCUGAUAGUGACUGCUCCGUUAUGGUUCAAGGCGCCGUUUAAAAUCCUUCGAUUAUUCGUUCGUGAAAAAUUGAGGGACAGAGUAUUCACCGUAUCCAUUCCUCAAUUAACGUUACAUAUCCCACGAGAAUCAUUACCGCAUCGUUUGGGUGGCACGUUGGAGGUACAGCAUGAGGCAUGGCUGCUCCACUGUCUUAAAUCCAUGACAAACAGGGGCGGGGGUGAACUUUGCGAGGUUACCCCCAGAGUGGGUACUCCUCUUUCGCCCACAUCGAAGAAUCAUACCGUUCAUCAGAAUCCGAAUGGAACAACAGUUAGUAGCUCGACUAGUCCUAUAAUCGAUAAGAGUAAAGCGAAAAAUGGUAUCUCGAAUAUCGGGGAUAUCGAGAUCACGAAUGGUGAUGUCUGGAUGGGAACCGACGAAGCACCAUCUCCAGUUCAGCCUCCGUCCUCGGCUAGUUCGGGUUUUAGCGACGACGACAGCCUUCAUGGUGAUCUUGGUCUCCAAGCUGUCACCAUGGAGCAACUUAUCGAGGAGAUCCAUUCGAGAGGACGCGCAGGGCUCAUAGCAGAGUAUGCGGAAAUUAGGCAAAGACCUCCCGAAGGUUCCUUCAAUAACGCGAAAUUGAGGUCUAAUCAACCGAAGAAUCGGUACACCGACGUACUUUGCUACGACCACAGUAGAGUGUGCCUGUCGCAAGUAGACGGAGACGCCACGUCCGAUUAUAUAAAUGCUAAUUUUGUUGAUGGUUAUAAACAGAAGAAUGCGUUUAUUAGCACUCAGGGUCCUCUUCCGAAAACUUGCGGUGAUUUCUGGAGGAUGAUUUGGGAACAGCAAACGCUCGUCGUUGUUAUGACUACUAGAGUGGUAGAACGGGGACGCACGAAAUGUGCACAGUAUUGGGGUCCGGAACCGGGUGACGAGGUACAAGCGGGUGGUUUCACAGUAACUACUCUCGAAGUCGAUACCAAUCCCGAUUAUACGAUAUCCAUGCUCCUCCUUACAAACAACAAGACUGAUGAGGCAAGAGAGGUUUGCCAUAUGCUAUACACGGCGUGGCCGGAUUACGGUGUUCCACAGUCGGCCAGAGCUCUGUUACAAUUUCUAGCCUUAGUAAGACAACAACAAAAUAAGUUACUAGCGAGCAGAGGCGAUACAUGGGCUGGACAUCCGCGAGGACCUCCAAUAGUGGUACAUUGUAGCGCCGGCAUAGGAAGGACAGGAACGUUUUGUACGUUAGAUAUUUGCAUAUCGCGGCUAGAGGACACCGGGACCGUAGACAUUCGUGGGACGGUGGAAAAAAUUAGAGCACAGAGGGCCUACAGUAUUCAAAUGCCAGAUCAGUACGUGUUUUGUCAUCGAGCUUUGGCAGAGUACGCGCUUUCAAGAGGGAUGCUUAGUUCACAACAUCUUGCUAUGUUACCUCCGACCAUAGAAGAAGAUUCUGAUUAGAGUAUUAAACUCUAUUAUCAUGUACCAGAUUGAUGUUCUUCCCAAGUAUGCAUAAUAGUCUCCUCGCAUAGCCUGUUUCUAGCUUAAAUAACUGAAAGUUAUUUUUUGCUAUCAUCUCCAUCGAUGUAACAUUUCAGGUUUCUAUUCUUCUGUUACGCUAUACGUUUAGGGAAUAUCUAAGGAAGAAGAACUAGUUUUUUCAAGGCCAAAUCCGCGGACAGAAAUUCGAUGUUUCUGUUCCUCGAUAUAUAUUUUGUUUCGCGAAGAAAUUCGAUGCUAAAAGAACGAUGCCGAAUGAAAAGGGCGUCGUCUAGAUCUUCUAUUUUAACCCUCUCAUAUGUAAAUUUUAUUGUACAUUCUGAAAAGUAACUACAUGUUAUUUAAAACGCGUAAACUAUAAAUCGCCUUACUUUAUAAACAUUCCAUUUAAAAACAAAUACUAUGUCAAUUAAAUUAAUAUAUAUAUGUAUGUAUGUAUGUAUGUAUACAAGUGCGAAUUAUCCUAUGUCAUAGAUUUAAAAGAUUUUUCUUGUAUUCUAUGUUACGCGUACAAGGGGUGAAGUUACGAAGCUUAACGUUCCGAUCGUUGAAUACAAUUUUAUUAAAGCAAAGUGAACUUUUAAAGUAAUCGUUUGAAGAACAUUAUUUGUUACAUUACUACCGUAGAAUAUAGUCUCUGUUGUUUGUACUAUUUUGUUUUCUUAAUCCUAUGCUUAAUUUAUUGCGUUACGCUGAAUAUUUAUUUUAUCGCUGUUCUAAUUUUGAUAAAAUCUUGUUUUAAUUGAACUCGCACCGAACGGCUUUAGAGGAAGCAAAACGCUGAACCGUUACUCCGCGAUAGGUCUUUCAUGCUUUGAACGUUUGUCUCGAAUUUAAAUUACUAAGUACAAACUCGUAAGAAUAUAUUGUUAUAGAAUCUUUAUAUGAGAGGGUUAAAUUGCUGACUUUAUCGAAUUUGAAAACCUAUAAAUAAAUCUAACAGAUUUAAUGAAAUAUGAGAAGUCAGGAACUAUGAAAAGUGUGAUUGAACAACGGAUCAGUCACGGAUAUCUAAGGUUCUGCGAAUAUAACACGUGACAACGGCAUCAGUCAUGCAAAACACUAAAGUAACCUACAAUUGUAUUGAACAGGCAUUUUUGGGUAACCAAAGAUUAUCUUCUAAUCAUCACAUUGCAAUUAAAUUGGCUGACGCAUCGCAUCCCUCGCAGGGAUUUUCAAUCAGGGAUCAUCGUAUAGAUUAAAAAUUACUUCCAAUUCGAUUAAGCAUUAAAUUAGAAAGAUUCUAACGGAGUUAAAGUUUUAAACGGAAGAACUUCCUAGUUGACCUCGAAAAUCAAACGUGCUUCGUUACGGCGAAGAUAGUUUCCCAUUUUUCAAUUUUAGCAAAGAGACAUUUGCAAAUUUAUGCUCUUCCAUGAAAGCCUUCGUGUACUAUAUGAAAAUAAGAGAAGGAACGAUUGUAAUUUAUAAUUUAGACGUCGUAGAAAGCUAACGAUCCUUUUAAACUCUAAAGCAAUUGCGUUGAUAACGUAUUUGGGGUAUCGUGGGAUGUGUAUUUUUUUUUGUUUCAUACGAUUCAGUUCGACACAAGAUUUCUUUGCGCGGAACAAUUACUUUUUGAUGUCCAAUCGGUGUCGUUGAACCCGUGUCUAAAUUGUCCGAUUUCUGAUCAUCGCUGUCUAAACGUCUAUUUGUUAAAUAUACAUAAAUAUAUAUAUUAAAUAGUUACAAAGAAAUAGUAAUACUAAAUUGUUGUUGCGAAAACGAUGUUGUGUAUUUCGUGCGUCGUCAAUGUAUAAUCGCGAAUCUUGACACCUUACCAUUCAAAUAAUUGGAACAUGUCGAAAUUUUCAAAGGUUUCUUGCAAUUGACACAUCUGUUUUUAUUGUAUUCAAUAUGUUAUGAAUUAUUAAUGAUCAGAGACAACAGUUCAUGUAAUAACCGAUGUCAGAAAGUUUAUUAAUGAAUUUCCGGCUGGUAAGGUGUUAGCGGAGACAUUUCGAAUGAAUUAUCGCGAUGUCUGAUAUGUGAUAGCCGUUAGAAUUUCCUCGGCUCGAUUUCCGUAAUGUUCGUAUGAACGCUGCCAUGAUAGCGUGAAGUUUUAAUUACGAUUUAAUUGCGUUCGUAAUCCUAAGAUUUACCGUUCGACUUAAUUUAAUAACCGCUUCGUUUGCCAUAACGCGUUACACGAUGCCAAGAAAUUCAUUGGAAGAAGGAUCUGUUUAAAGUAGAGAGAAGCUUUCGCCCCCUUCUCCCUUAAGAAGAAAAAUGAGAAAAAAGAAGAAAAAAACACCCUACGCGCGUGUAUUUUGUGUACAGUCUUGUAAUAUUACGCGCAGAAUUUAGCGUUUCACUUUUGAUCAAAGUCUAUCGAUAGCGAACUGUUUUUGUUAGAAGUAUCUUCGAAUUUUAUAUAACUGAAAGCACUGCUGUACUAAAUGCUUAGUCAGAUUUGAAAUAACUUUGAAAAUUCUCAAUGUAUGCACGUUCCUCCUACUCUUGGGUUACCUUUAUAAAGGGCAUGUUAUCGGUACGAUCAUGUUUAUUACUAUUCAUAUUACUAUUAUAAUUAUUAUUAUUAUCGGCAUUGACAUCAGUAUCAUUAUCAUCACCGUCAUCGCAAUUAUUAUAUUUCUCAUCGUAUUAUUAUAUUAUAUGUCUCUAACAUUUGUAAUUAGUCCACAAUGCCCUUUUAUAUUAUCUAUAUAUUUAUUAAAAAAAAGUUAUCUUCAAGUAUUCAUACGAUGUAUAUAUACGCACAUACUGUCACGAGAUUUUAAAGUUUACUUGAACCUCCAUGUUCUCAGGGCUUCGAAGAGAGUUGCAUCUAAUUACUAACUGCACUUCUUUCUCGGGAAAGUUAAAUAUAACUUUUCGUUUUCAUUUGAGAAAUAGCAUAGUCUGCGAAUACGGAGGUUUUACCGCGGUUCUUUAAAUUCUCUUUAACCCGUUAACUGUCAUGUGGGUCAUUGGUGACCGGGGUUUUAAGUACAUUGAUUACCGCAGAAACAACUACGCAGUAAUGAGGACCCCAUGACACUGAACGCGUUAAAGCGUAAGAAAAAUCCAAUUCGACGUUUUCGUAGUUUCUCUCUUUCUCCCCGAUUGUCUUUGAAAAAAUUCUCUUUGAUUAAGCGUGAAUGUAACGUGUGAUUUUAUAGCAAUUUGUGUGUGUCUAUUUCAUAAUAUUCUCAGGCGUGUAUCGGUACACGGAGAAAAAUGCGUAAACGAAGAAAAGAAAAGAAACCACCGGAAUAGGUACCAAAGUUUUUGUAAGACAUUCGAUCGAACGAAAAACGUGUACUACUCUAGACUCAUUUAGCAUAAUUUCCCCUGCGCGUUACUGAGAGCGAUAGUAACCGAUUUAACAGUAUUACAUUAUUCACGAUUUUACAUUCGCAAAGUUUUCCCGUGUAGAAGAAACUCAAGGUUUUUUUCCCUUCCGUAAGCUUUAAGCUAUUUCGAGUAUCGUCAUCGCUGACUAAAUACAGAAAAAGAAAAUAUCUCAUCGAUGUUACGCGUCUCUUCGAGCGACUAGAUCAGUUAAUGAAAUAUACCUAAAAGUCGUUUACUUUUUAUAUGACGAGAGAAAGAAAGAACAAGAGGUAGACGUGGAAAUCAUAAGAAGAAAAUAAUAUCAAAAUAUAAUAUUUUCUGGGUAAAUGAAAGGCACGCGAUCAUCGUCGUUUAGUUGAUCGACUAUAACACUGGAUAGCAAAACGUACUGAGAUAUUACAAAGAACAGAUUUAAAUUAAGAUGGAAGGAAAAAAAUUGUACAUAAGAGUGACGUGACUUUAAAAUGACUACCGCACAUAAAUGUAUCUAAUAAUUAUUUAAUAUAUUGCAGAUAUAAAUGGCAA